AUGAGCUCACAGCAAAGCCCCGCUGCUCUGCAGCCCACCGUGGACCGCGAGAAGGUCUACGCGUGGAUAGUCGAAUUGUCGAAUCCGGAGACGCGGGAGAACGCUCUGCUCGAGCUGAGUAAGAAGCGCGAAGUGGUACCCGACUUGGCGCCGUUGCUGUGGCAUUCGUUCGGUACGGCCGCUUCUCUACUCCAGGAGAUCAUCACCAUCUACCCGGCGAUCAAUCCAGCAACUCUGACAGCUUAUCAGAGUAACCGGGUGUGCAAUGCUCUGGCGCUCUUGCAGUGUGUCGCCAGCCAUCCAGAAACGAGAUCAGCAUUUUUACAGGCUCAUGUACCCUUGUUCUUGUAUCCGUUUCUGCACACUGUAAGCAAGACAAGACCGUUCGAGUAUUUAAGACUGACAAGUCUUGGAGUAAUUGGUGCUUUAGUAAAAACGGAUGAACAGGAAGUGAUAACUUUCCUGCUUACUACUGAGAUUAUUCCAUUGUGUCUUAGGAUCAUGGAAAGCGGUUCUGAACUAAGCAAAACAGUGGCUACAUUUAUCUUACAGAAGAUACUGUUAGAUGACAGUGGACUGUCUUACAUCUGUCAGACAUACGAUAGAUUUAGCCACGUAGCUAUGAUUCUGGGAAAAAUGGUAUUAUCCCUUGCUAAGGAUCCAUCAGGGAGGUUACUUAAACAUGUCAUUAGGUGCUAUUUAAGACUUUCUGAUAACCCUAGGGCACUUCUUGCCCUAAGACAGUGUUUACCGGAUCAACUGAGGGACAGCACGUUCGCAACGUGCCUGCAAGACGAUGCUUCGACCAAACUUUGGUUGAAUCAGCUUCUGAAGAAUCUAGAGAACGGUCCGCAACCAGGUCCUCCGACUCAACCGGGCCAGCAGGAUCCCCGAACGAUCGGGAUGUCUCCACUCACCUCCUGAACUUGUCAGUUGAAGAUACCACCGGAAUUUGUGAACUUAGGUUUAAUCUCACAACAGAUUCUGAACGCGCCUCUACAUAAAUCAUGCUAAAUCCCUUUGAGCGCGCGCGAUAAUUAACGGUCAUGUCCAUGUGCACACCGUUUGUGGUUGAAAAUUGUGCUGUGAGAACUAGUAAUAAGUGUAUGCUACUGGACUGGCAAACUCAAGUACGUAACGAUAGUACAUGAUAGAUUGUAAAUAGUGUAUAGACGGCUGCAGUGAAAUUUACUGAUUACGAUUUCAACGAAUUCCCAUUGAAUUGUAGGAUUAUGCGCUAGUAAUAGUGACAGCAGCGUUGACAACAAGGACGGUUAUACAAAUCAAAAGUGUUUUGUACGAGAUUAAAACGUUACAUAAAUGUGGUAAAACUGUGACGUAUAUGCAUAUGUUAUGUAUAAAAAUUAUAUGUAAGAUUUAUAAAUGUGACUGUCGGUCGAGAAAGAUAAAUCAAUCUUGUUGUAUAUGAA